CAUGGAUUCACACAUGCACACACAUGCUGAAACACACACCUACAACCAAGCUAGAGAAACCAUGUCAAAGACCAAUACAUAGCACUGUUAUGAAGAAUCGACAGACUCUUAAUUUGUUGCCAAUUCUGGCUCUGGCAAGUUUGUUCAUCAAGAUAAGUGGAUCAGUCUCUCUCCGCCCGGUACUGACUGGCCCUGACAUGGCCUACCUUGGCUCGAGGGUGGCUUUCCGGUGUAUUGCAUCUAACUCCUCUACGCCAGUCACCUACGACCUGAUGCGGGACGGUGAUGUCCUGAUCGCCACAUACCAAGCCCAAGGGGACCAACCUGCACCCUUCUACCUGAAGGUCUCUGCAACAACAGAGGCGUCAUACCACUGCAGGGCGACAUCCGGAGCGGAAACAGGAGUCAGCAACAUCAUCAAGCUGAGUGUAGUCAUUCCACCAUCAAAUACCAGAGUGACCUCUGAACCCUCCCCUCCAGUCGCAUUCGAGGGAUCACGCAUUGUCCUGAGCUGCAACGUCAUAAAGGGUUCCCACCUGUCCUACACCUGGUUACUCAACAGGAAGGAAAUAACCCCCUCAACCUCUCCCUUUGUCCACCUCACUGGAAACAAGCUAUUGAUGGAGAACGUGACUCCAGAGCACACUGGGCAAUAUUCUUGCAUGGCGUGGUCCAUGGUCCAGGACAUCAGGAGGUUUUCAAGCAGCAGAGAGCUCCAGGUGACAGUCAAAGUUUAUGUAUCAAAGCCAAAGAUCUCUUUCUCCAUCUCCAAAGAUGGAGCUGGUUACCAUGGCAACGUUACCUGCUGGUCAACAAGAGGGAGUCAUCCGGUCAACAUCUCUCUUUUGGUAGAUGACAAAGAAGUUGGAUCCAUCACAGCAACUGACUCCCUCACUGCCUGGUUUCUUGUUGCCAUGGAACCGGGGCUGGAUAUGGGCGUGGCGCAAUGUCGGAUGAAAACUGAGGUGCAGGAGUUGAUGAGUGAACCUGUGACUCUGGAAGUGGUCCCAGUUGGAGGUGAUGUGAAAGUGGAGGUGGAAUAUUUCUACAGAGCUGACUCCAAGCUGGCCGCCGCCAGGCUGAGCUGUCAGGUCAGCAGAGGAACUUUCCCUUACAUCUCCUGGUUCUUGAAUGACUCUGCUCUCCCCUCCGAGACACACGUGGAGUCCCACCUUCAACCCGUCCUGCCUCACGUCGCCCUCACUGGCCAAAGACGAACCCUUGUCCUAACUAAACUUGGCCCAGAGGAGUCUGGGUAUUACCACUGCAGGGUCAGGGACAGCUACGAUGACUCCGGGCCCUGGGUGGAGAGUGCAGCCGUGCUGGUCCAAGUCACAGACAGGAUCCUUAACUCCAUGCCUCGAACAACAUCUUCCACUGAAACACCACUAAGAUUUUUUAUGACCACAAUCGAGAUUAUCACCAUAGCCUUCUGCUGUUUUCUUAUGCUGAUGAUGGCAGUGUGCAGUGGCUGUGUUUACAGGAUGUUCGACCACAACCAAGCUCAUGCCCACGUUGCUAUGACAAAUUCUGAUGCCCUGCCUCUGUCUGAACCCCAAUCCCCGUCAGGAGGGAAGCAGGCUUCUUCUACAGACUGUGACGUCCCGAGUCGGACCACAGAGACCACAGUAUGAGACAUGAGGAAGAUUGUCAUCUCCUCUUCAUCAAAUUGACAUUAUUUCAUUUAAAUUUGCAGCUUUUUAGUUUUUGUUCUGCAGGUACUUCAUUUAUUACUUUUCCUGACCUGCCAAGUUACUUAUAAGAAACUGGUGGAACAUUCAGUUAAAAAGAGUGAGAGAUUAUAUUUUUCAGCAAAACUACUGUUUACUGUCAUAUUUUUCCAAAUAAAAAUUAAAUGUUAUCAAA